AUGGGUAUUGCUGGCUAUUUACAACAGUAUCUCUUCACUCCAGUAUUAGAUCACGCAAAAUUGAGACAAAAGAGGUAUCUAUUCAAGAUGGAUUUGAUAAAACAAGGGUUCAACAAAGAUUUGUUCCUAUCGAGUACAUACAAGUACCCACUAAAGGGUCUAUUUAAUGUUAUCACAAGGCCUUACUAUUGGAAACCGCUAGGUAUAUUUGCCGGAUCAUAUCUAGUAAUAUUUGCUGUGGUAGCAGGUGCAUAUUAUGUCACAAUUAUGCCCUUUAUUCUGGGAGGUGCCUUGUUAACUAUGGGUCCUAUUGGUCUCGUUCUAGCUCACAUACAAUGGCUAGUUCAGUCUAAUUCUAUCGCUGCUUAUAUAUGUAGGAACUUGAUGCUCGAAAAACUGAACACUGAGGUCUUCGACCUUACUUUGGCCAAGAACGGCCAACAAAAGUUAGUCUCUGAUGCAAAAUAUCUCAGCAGAAAGACUACUAAGUCACGGAGAUCUAUUUGGUCUGCACACACAAUAAUAUAUUCAUUCCUUUCGGCAAAAGUUACUAGCUUGGGACAAUCUAUCGUUUUGUCAUUAGUAUCCCUCAUUCCAGUAUUAGGCCCUUUGAUAGUUAACCAAAUAACAGCACCGGAUAGGGCACUAAGCUAUCUAAGUCGUUAUCUAUUCUUGAAGCAAUAUACAAGCCCAGACAUCAAAAAGUUCAAAUACAAAAAUCUGGGUCAGUUAGCUUGCUUUGGUGUAUCUGCGGGCCUAUUUGAAUUAAUUCCUUUGGCCUCUAUGGUAACAAUUAUGAGUAACACAGUCGGAGCAGCGAUUUGGUCUGCGGAUCUGGUUAAAAAAGAACAGAAAGUUCUAUAG